AUGUCGGACAUUGACGGUAUACCAUUGAGAAAGUGUAUUGACAAGAGUGUUAAUCAGCAUGGACAGACGUUUGUAGAUUUUCUGAUUGCCUCAAAGAUGUGUGUUUUAAAAGGCCGUUUAAUGAAGAUAGAAACACUUUUACGUCAGGUUCAGUUCGCGGAAAAUCUGUUGUUGACUACAGGAAUAAGUUUACUCUCGGUGGUUAGCAAAUUAUAUUCAGCUGUGUUAAAUAAUAGACUAAAGAAACAUUUAGAAGAUCAAGAGUUACUUGUUGAUGAGCAGAACGGAUUUCGUUCGAAACGGUCGUGUGAGGACCAUGUUUAUACCUCAUGUACUAUUAUUAGAAAUAGACUUUUAAGUAAUCUUGAUACAUUUGGAACUUUUAUUGAUAUAAAAAAGGCAUUUGACUUUGUCAAUAGGGAUGUUCUUUUGUAUAAACUUUUGUCUAAUAGUAUAAAUGGAAAAUUUUAUAACUCAAUAAAGGCCAUUUUGACGGAUACAUCGUCUUGUGUUAAGUUAAAGGGUAUGUUAACUGACUGGUUCCCGACUCUGUCUGGCGUAAAGCAAGGAGACAGCGGAUCGCCAACAAUCUUUGCCUACUUCAUAAACGAUCUAGCUGAAGGUUUAAAGACUCUUAACAAGGGUGUACAGUUUAAUAAUGAUAUACUUUUGUUGUUUGUUUUAUGCUGA